GUGAUCAAUAUUCCCAAAGUACAUUUUUUCAAAGUGAGGUUUUGUCAGUGACCCUAACUUCACUCUCUUACUGGCAGUUCUUUUUAGAUGAUUACAUUACACAUUGCAUGUGCCUGAGCCCUGGCAAACUAACACUGUUAUUCUAUUAUUCUUACCAUUUUCAUCACAAAAUGUUAUUCCAGUCAAAAACACAGUCGAAAAUCCAUAGUAGAAAAUCCAAAUGUCCUUAUCAUGCCUUUGUGCCUGUUCCUCUCAAAUCAAACUGGCUUCAUAGCCGUCAGUGAUAGUCAUAUAUGAGAUUGCUGUUGCCCACGCCUGAUGUGAACUGAAACGGACCCUCAGUCAUAGUGGAAGUAUUUCUGAGAUUCAAUGAUCUGACUGUUUGCACUGGUCUGGUCUGACAGUGGGGGAAUUUCUAAAUAGGUGUUAUUGCUAUUUUUCCGAGAAAUGUAAAUUAUUUAUCACCUUGCUGUCUGUGUCAGAGUGAAAUUAUAGUUAUGAUGCUUUUGCUUUACAUCAACAUCCAGCCCAACCACAUGCUUUACCGAAAGUCUUACCGCUGAGUUCUUCAAGUGUGCUUGUUCUCUCAAGAAUGUCUUUUGUGUCUGUGGUACACAUUCUCCUAAUUGGUAAGUUUGGCGCAAAUACACUGUCGUAUAUUGUUAUCUAUGGCAAGACACAGGAAAUGAGAAUGCUUUUGCUUUCUGUGACAGUGUCGGAUGUAACAGUGGGGCUCGAUGUCAACACUGCUGCCGGUGAAUCAACCCUGCUCCCCUGUACCCUGACGACCACAGCUCCAGUCGACUUAAAGGACCUACGCUUUUACUGGCAAGACGAAAGAAAUCGUGUUUUAUUCUCUUAUAAUAAAGGAAAGGAGGUGCCAGACCACGUAGACAAACUUUAUCGAGACAGGAUCACAGCCUUCCCUCAGGAAAUGACAACAGGAAAUAUUUCAGUCAAAAUAAAAAACCCAACCCUCGAAGAUGACCGAAGAGUUUUCCAGGUUGUUGCUGCAGUGUUUGACAGCAGAGGGUCGAGGAGAUACAACCCAGAACACAGACAACUCUGCAAACACACUUUACAUGUUGCAGUUCCUUACACGAACGUCAGCCUGGCUCUAAAUGAAGAAACGAUGACUGCCGUCUGCACUACACAAGGAUUCCCUGAGCCUUUGGUGAAGUGGAGACUCCAGUACCUCUCCAACAACUCCCAACACGUUCCCGAUCCGAGGGAUGUUCACACUACGGCAGUGCAGGACAAUCAAGAUCAUCAAUACAGAUUGAAGAGUGCUGUAGAUAUCCCUGAAGGUCGAUAUCGAUCUGUGACCUGCCUCUUCCACAAUCCUAUCCUUAAUGUGACUGUGAGCACCACCCACGUUUUAAACAGAGGUGACCCAAAGAGGAGCCUCCCUCUCUGGCCUGUGGGUCUGAUGGCCAUUCUUGUACUUUCAGCUGUGCAGUAGCACAUCAAAUGAUGGUAGCCACGCCCUAAAGGGUACCCUGCUUUAUCGGCAGUUUUACUCAGAAUGGGAUCAAGUUUACUAAAUGAACAUCAAGCUGUAUGAAAGAAAACUUGAAGCUGCUGAUUGAGACUAUAAGCUUAAACUUUUACUGAGUUAAUAAAUGUAGGUAGGUAGGUAGGUACUUUCUUUCUUUGUUUCUGAAAUUACAACAACAAUGGGAAAUUAAAGGAAAAUUAAGGGUCAUUUUGAUGCAACCACGCUUCUUUUUGCUACCAGUGGAGCUGUCAGUAGAAAGAAUGCAGGUUUAAAGUUGUGCAUUGUCUCAUUUCACAGACCCAGAAUGUAAGGGAAGAGGUAGAGUGAUUAUGUUAAAUGAAUCAAUAUGAUAUCAAAUAUAGAUAUAACAUGUAUGUGGGCAGUACAUUUUACAGAUGACUGUAAUUUGUUCCUUAUUGUAUAGUGACAUCUUCUGGCCAAAAACCAUAUAGGCCUACUGCUGCUGGCCAUUUACACAUGGCUCUUUUUUUUCGCCACUCUGAAAAACAUUUGGUUUGGUUCUUCUUUUUUUUUUUUUUUUACAAACAUUUAUGUAUUUUUAUUGUGUUUUAUUUAAUUUGAUCAAGUAUGGGUAAGACAUUAUGUAUAAUAAUAUAUAAUAUAAUAUAAUAUAUAAUAUAUAUUCAAUGGCCAAUGCCAGUACAUAGAGCUAUUUUAUAGGCUGCCGAUGGCUGGUGCAUAAUGCCAAUAUUGAUAGAAAGAAAAGUCAUGUAUUUUUCUGUUCUAUUCUGUUCUAUAGGAAAUUCAGGUAUAUGUUGACAGCAAGAUGUAUUUACAGUGCAGAAGUCGAAACCAACUCUUUCACCACAUUCCCAGAACUCACAAAGGGGAACUCUUUGUAACGUCGUUCCACAGCAGCCACAAUGAGAGAGCUGCCUGCAGAUGUGUCUGAAGACAUUUUUUGUUUAUCGGCCUUGUGACCUUGUGAUUAUGUCUAUCACUAAUAAUUACGACAACAGAGCAUAAUAAUUCCUCAGUAACCUGUACUAGGUUAAACAUCACAUUACAUUGCCAGUCAUUUAUAUAGACACACAAUAUUUUCAAAAAUACCUCCUGUUUUCUGUUCCAUUCAAAAUAAUAAUUGUUCCUGAUGUGCUGUCUCCACUGUAUAUUUUUAUAUUUUUAUAAAACCUUAGCUGGGCUGUGAAAGCACGUUUGUACACUGUGUAUAGUGCAUUUCUUGAAGAGUUAUUAGUUUUAUUGUUGUGAUUGUUUUCUGUCUGUGAUGUAUUUAUUCUGCAUGUUGGUGCUUCUUAAAAGAAUACAAAGCAAUAAAAAAAUAUGUACAUUGAA